AGUCGUACGGUGCGUACGUAUAGACUCAUUCGGACAAACCGGUUACCUCUAGUUGCUGUGGUGGAUUCUGUGGAGAAGUUUGUCAGCGGAUCGCCGGAGGUGGGGUCUUCCCUUGGCGUUUGGAUAAGUUGCGAAAGUGUCAGCGACAGGAAUAUUGGCGGUAGUGGAUUGUUAGAUUGGCCGCGAAGAAAGCAAUUUCUGGUGGAGUGGUUCGUGACAAAGUGCCAAGUCCGUGAAUGUUACACAAUUUUACCUCCAUCGCACCACAAGCUUGCAAGGCGUGCGCCCAUUUGCGUAGCGCUUACCACAGACGCAAAUUGAAUUUGGAGAAAUUCAACAGUUUGGGUGUGGGUGGACGUAACAACAAUUGAAUUCCCUUUCGAGUGCUCACUCGGUAAUUUUAUGAAUGGACUCGGCAGUGAUAGUUUAAACAACUUAGUAGGGGAGCACUAUUAACCAUAAUCAUCACUAUUAUUCAUCAACAUCGACCCAUACCUAUUCUUUGUGCAGAACGGUGGAGUUAGCUAGUGUGAGUAGUCGUGGAUAAUAAAAAUUGAAAACAACUCAUCCAUACAAAUACCGGCGCACCUGUGGGUAACGGCCGUGUGCUCAGGUGGAUUAUUCUCGUGCAAGCAACUCAAGCUGAAAUUUAUUCAGUUCUUUGGUAUAGUUUAAAAUUGCAAGAAAAAUUCUAUUAACAUUUCCCAGAUUGCGCGUAAUAUUAUCAUCCAUGUUAAAAUAUGGUAAUAAAAUAAUCAACAGGAAUAAAGCGUAAUGGUCAAGUGAUUAUAUCCAGUAAAGUAACACGAGCAAGGUGGUAGUGGUUGUACACGGAGCGAAUUAAAGGUGUUUGUGAGAAAAGCGAAAGAUACAAAGCUAGAUACAAAAAUAAGUGAGAAACAAAAAGGCAGCAAUCACCCAUACCUAUAGUUAGUUUCAGUUUACAACAACCGACUUACCCGACACUAGUCCGACAAUGGCGAGCGAGUUGAAGCUGAGUUCUGCAUCGAUAACGAUACUCUGUUGGAUUACGCUAUUAGGACUAACCCGAUGCCAGAAGGUUCCCAGUCUACAGAUUCUGCCGGCGGCAUCUAUUCAGCGGAAACCAGUGGGAGCGUCCUUGUUACUGACCUGCCGACCGGAUGUCCCCGAUAGCACACUGAUAUCCGAUCUGCGGUGGAGCGACAACCGCAACAUGACGAUACCGCCGAAAGCGACCAAACAUUACUAUCCCCAGUACGAUUCUAAGGGCCGAAAGCUCCCGGCGAAAGCGGGUCAGUCGUCUCCGCCGAUAUAUACCGAGUCGAUCGCAAGCGGACAGGCCCUGGCGCUGAUAUUCAACUCACUGCAGGAAUCGAUGGCCGGCAUUUACUACUGCGCGGCGUCCUAUUCCGUCACCGAGCAGCUGGGAGCAUCCGUUUCGGUGGAAACUUACGUUGCCAUCACAUGGAAGAAUGCACCGGAGGAUCAGCGGCCAAUCCUGGGCGAGGAUUAUAUCGUUCGCUGCGAGGUGACAGCCAAUCCGCCAGCCACUGUGGAUUGGCUCCGGAAUGGGGAUCCGAUUAGGUCUGUCGGUCGGUAUGUUAUCGAAAACCGAGGAUUGCUGAUCAAGAAUGUAUCGGAGAGUGAUGAUGGUUUGUACACUUGCCGUGCCGCUGUGAUAUCCACGGGGGAAUUAGCCAAACGACAGAUCCGAGUCGAGGUACAAAUCAAGCCAGAAGUGCAAAAACUUCCACCCGUGCUGGACGCAGUAGAGGGUCAAUCAUUUUCGUUUCUGUGCAACGCUACCGGUAAGCCAGUUCCUGAGUUCCAAUGGAUUAAGAAAAGUACACAGCAAAAUGUAGCAGAUAUUGAUAGGUUCUCUGUUAAUCCGCUAACGGGUCAGCUUGACAUCAGCCGGGUGGAACAGGACGACCACGACACGUACUCGUGUGUUGCCAAAAAUGCGGCCGGUAUUUCCGAAUCGACCACCAGACUAAAUGUUCUAAUUCGUCCGAAGAUCAUCGAAUUUAUGAAUAUCACAGUACCUGAGGAUACCGAAGCCGUCUUUGCAUGCAGAGCCUUUGGUAGACCGCCACCGGAAAUUACAUUCCGACGAUUUGGAACAACUGAGGAGUACUCAAUUGGUUUGCAAGUCAGUGAUGAUCGUAUCGUUCUGGAUUUGAACACAAAUACCGAGCGAAGCGAAACCACAGCAAGUUUGCGAAUUUCCAAAGUAGCCAAGACUGACGACGGUUUGUAUGAUUGUAUAGCUCGAAAUCCCGGUGAUGUGGCGUACAAAGUCGGUCACAUUACUGUUGAGUACAAACCUAAUUUCGACCACAUGAAACUUUUGCCACCAGUUUUCACAUGGGAGCAACGCCCGGCAAAUCUCAGCUGCUUUGCUCAGGCAAUUCCAAACGCCACUAUCGAAUGGCGCUGGAAUGAUCGUCGUAUCUCGGAUCUCUACGACAUUAACAUGCAAAUUCAAAACCAUGGUGUGCGAAGUGAUUUAAUCAUUAAACCCUUUGAUCAGCGGUAUUACACAAGCUACAAGUGCGUGGCGACCAACCGUUUGGGACGCAAUGAACACAUCAUGGAGCUACGGGAGGCGCGUAUUCCAGAUGCAAUUGCUCAAGCCAAACCACGUUCCGUUAGUGCAACUUCUAUGACCUUUGAAAUCAUGCCCCCAGCGGUGGAGAAGGGGCUACCGAUAACUGCCAUCUCAGUGCAAUACAAGGAAGAAUUUAAUCCGGACUGGAUUAACUCGAUGAACCGAACCUGGUCACCGGACAGCCCAUACAUUGUGGAAGGAUUGAAACCUCAGACAUCCUACAGCUUCAGGUUUGCCGCUAGAAACGUGGUAGGACUUGGUCAGUGGGCCGCGUAUGUAGUACAUUCGACACCGAAACGAUCCGAACCGGAAACACCGAAAACGCUGCACACGCCGAUCCAGGAGGAGGACGAUGAAGACGAUGCCAUCGUGGCGUCACCGUAUGCCGAUCACUUCGAGCUCCGGUGGAACGUUCCCGUGGACAAUGGCGAACCAAUCUCGUACUACAGGGUGAAGUACUGUCCGGGCUCAAAAAUCAACGGCGUGUGGACGGAGCUGGAGGGUGCUUGCAUCGAGGAGGACAUCCCAAUAGCGACGCACUACGAAAUGCGUGAUUUGCAAGCGGACACCUACUAUCGGAUAGAGCUGAUGGCACACAAUGCCAUUGGGUUCUCGAAACCGGCUCACCUACUGCUGAAGACUGCCCGAGGAAUCGAUGUGGUGCUGCGUGUUGAUGACCACGCCCUCUCAUCGGCUGCUGUGAUCGGAAUCGUGGUCGGCUGUGUCCUGCUGCUGCUGCUGAUCAUCGAUAUCCUUUGCUGUCUGAUAGGUAACCUCGGUCUGCUGGCGAUGCUGUGCAGAAGGACGAAACGCUCCCCGUCGGAGCUUGGCGAUGAAGAGAAGUUGGGAAGUGGGAGCCUCAUCAAGGAACGUCCACCCUCACCGUUACCGCUGCCGCCACCGUUCGUAAAGCUUGGUGCAACCACACCACUGGAAGAUGAAAAGCAGCCGUUGAACACGCUACCCGAAGUAGGCGUUAAAACGAACAUGUCGGUGGAAUUCGACGGUAGAGGAGUGCAGACUCGGAGCGGCGAAAUAAUCGGGAAAAAUUCGUCAGUGUAAUCCGGCCAACUGGUACUUAGAAUGCAGGGAAUUAUGUACGCAGUGAAAAGACGGUAUAGCCAGAGUGACCCAUUCCAGAGCGUGCUGGGGUCGGUACGGUGGGCAAAUGAGAGAACAGUAACUGAAAAGUCUUCACAAAAUUGUGUAUAUUUAGCUAUUAGUAAUAAAGGCGAGUUGCAAACUUACUGUUUGCUAUGUACUUUAUGAACAAAAUGCGACAGAAUUAUGCUCUCAUGUUCAUUGCAGAUUUUUCAUGGACUUAUUAGUUUCGAAGACAUGUAUCGUACUUCUGUUGGAUUACUUAGAUAUUAGCUAACAAGGUUCCUCUGCUGAUGCUACCUUAGGAACACAAACUCUUUUAAUCGCCAUCUAAUUAGUAUUCAACCCAUUAACUAUAGCAGUGAUUAGACAGUGACGCAAUGUGUGCUUUUGCUAACAAAACUCGAACAAAUAUAAAAUUCCUAUAAUUCAAAUGGUAAAAUGUACUGUUUGAGUAAAUGAACCAUACUGAUCGAAGGGAGUUUAAUAAAGAGCGAAAUUAGUAUUACUAUAAGUUCUAUAUUGAUUAUACCAAGCAAACCAAAUGAAGCCAAGAGUCAGGUGAAACAGAGAUACAAUAAAGCCAUACUGAUUAGUUAGGUAUUUUUGAUGUCGUUACUUAUGCGAGAAUACUAAAAUAUGUACUAGCUUCUGCCUUCAUGGAACCACAUACCUAGAUAUGACCCCCUGAGUCAAGACCCCAAAGCCUAGCUCACACGGUUUUUACUCAUGAAGCUCCUGAAAAUGGGCCAUCCCAGAUAUAAACGCAACUUUCAUCAGUCACUGUGAACUUACAUAAUUGUACAAAUAAUUGAUUCAGUCUAACUACAAAUAACCGUUUGUAGUUUAAUAUUGUCUUACCAUCACACACACAGAAAAGAAUAUUAAAGAAAAUCGGGUCAACAAUUAACUAGGUUCAAAAAAAUCAGAGCACUUUGCGUCUGUCACAUAUUUGUAUUUUAUCUCAAAGCUAAUAUUUAUACGACAAUGCUUGAGCUCUAUUCAUUGUAUAGCUUAUAAGAGCCACAGACCAAUUCAAAAUAGUUAUAUUUUGUAACUUUCUUUACAACGUCACAAAAGCUGUCUACACAGAACUCAUGCUAAAAUCAUCCUUUGAAGUAGUCAUGACUCAGUUAAUUACAUUAUUACUAGCAGCACGAGUGAAUGACUCCGGAUUAUUUGCGAAUCAGAUCUCAACCGAAAAGAGUUUGUAAUUUGUAGAAAAUGAAAGUUCUUUUAUAUAUAAUUCCGUUUAGAUUAGCUUUAGUUUAAGUUAGAUUAUUUCUAAUUAAUCAUGAACCUACACCAUUGUGUUAUUUUCAACGUAAACCAAAUUACCUAAAUGUAAUAAAAGCUGAAAAUAUACGUUUUUAAAUAAAA